CACGCAUUUUUCAGUUCUUCCUCACCCAAAACCGAAACACGUAGCACUGGAACCGUGAUGCUCAACGUUUAGUACAAAUUAGUGGAUUUAAAAAUAUAGUGGAAUCUUUAUUUAUUGUAGUGAAAAAACAAUAGUGUUGUGAAUUAUGUCUCCGAGAUGUCCCGUGCCGCCGCUGCAAGAAAUAACCCUUUCGCUGGUGGCGAGGCAGCUGAUCCACACUCUUUCACGUAUCUCUACAGAAGAGGACGCCGCUCUGCCUUUCGCGAUGGUCUCCUCUUACUACGAGAUUAUGGGCGCAACCAGCGAUAUUUUCCAGGACCUCUUAAACUUAAUCCUCACCUCGGAGUACCUGGACCCUUCAGUGAGGUACUACACGAUGCGGCUGUUGCUCAAAGAGAACGUCAAGAGUCUAGCAACCGGCAUGUUUCCGUGCCCCUAUUACAGGAAAAUCCUUGAGCUCAUUAUCGAUCAAGGGCGUCACCUGACCUCUCUCAACUUGAAAGGAGUGUGGGUGAAAGACGAGCAUCUGACACUCAUGUAUCACAUCAUAAAGAAUCUACCAAAUCUAACUGUCCUCAAUAUUCCGUACAUUGCUAACGAUGAAGUGCUCAAGUGUAUCGGCGAAAACAACAAGGUGUUGAAACUGCUCGACAUAUCGGGGGAGACUGAUAUCACAGAAAUCGGUAUCGAUGCGAUGUUAACCGGCAACCCUCAACUGACACAAAGUCUGACAGUCGUAAACAUCGGAAUGUAUGGUGAAGAAAACAUCGACCACACCGACGCAGCGCUGCUAAUCCGGCGGUUGCCAAACCUCACAAAUCUUGGCAGUUACUCGUUCGUCGGAAAAGCCAUUUACCAUAUUUAUAAUAAUGAUUGUCCUCCCAAUUUCAAAACGAAAUUACAAUACUUGCACGACGUUCAGACGAAUGCGAGGACGAUGAAAGCGAUACUGGCUUUGUGCCCGAUGCUCGAGACAGUAUAUUUGGAGGAACCCGAUUCCGGAAUAUUGCAGCAACUGAAAGAACUCAACUAUGUAAACAAAAUUAAACUAAACAAAUUCCAGUGCCACGAGCUUCAUCAGCUGUUAGAGAGGAUCGGCUAUAAAAUUGUGACCCUUAUGCUUUCUGGAUCAUCUGGGUCCUUCAACUUUACUAGAAUAGCAGAGUCUUGUAGGAACUUGGAAACUCUAGAGUUCUACCAAAUCCAGACCGCAACGCAUGAAGAAGAAAUACCUUUUAAUAAGUUAGAACAUAUUGAAAUUAUCCAAGGCAAUCUAUCUGCGUCUUUAUUGAAGUAUUUGAUGACCGGCAGUCCGAAACUGAAGAAACUAAUCAUCGGCGAUGAAGUAAAGCUGGAUGACAACGAUAUGUCACGAAUGCUUCGGCGGUACAAAUUCGAGCAUUUGGAAGGCAUCUGGUUCCCAAAUGCUCCCCGCCUUACACGGGACACGGUGGAUCUUCUUAUGGAGUGUUGCCCUAAGUUGCAGAGCCUCGGGCAACUCAGCGGAUGGAGGUUCACCCCCGACGACAUGAUGCUCAUGAGAGCCAUCAUAGCCAGCACCAACACAGAUCUCGUACUCUCCCCACUUGGAAUAUUCCAACAAGGAAACUAGGGUAACAAUUAUUGGGUGGAUUUAUUAUUAUUUAACAAAUAAGGGCCUCAUUGAACUUUCGACUCGAUCGAUAAAAAGGUACCAUAAUGUCGGUAUGUAGAGAACUACUGCUUGAUGGGCAAAAAUAUUCAAAUUAGUUUUUCUAAUGGAAUAAACAGUAUCUUUCAUUUAAAAAUAGAAAAAUAAAUACCCUCUAAAAUACAUACCUACCGACUUUAUCGUUAAAAAUAAUUGCGCCACCGCAAACUGAGAACGUUAAGAUUUUAAAAUGGACUCUUUAAAAUAAUAAUUAUCUAGUCAUAAUAUCACGUAUUUGUAUUUGAAGCUAAUAUUUACGCUUUUCUAUUUACAAUGUGCUCAGAAAUAAAAUAAUCGAUAUU